AUGGACGCCGGGGGAGACAAGUGUGGCGACGCGGCGGCGGCGGAGGGCGGUGAGGGCGGCGGCGACCUCUACGCCGUACUUGGGCUCAAGAAGGAGUGCUCCGACGCCGACCUCAAGGUCGCUUACCGGAAGCUCGCCAAGAAGUGGCACCCGGACAAAUGCUCCUCCUCCAGCAGCGUGAAGCACAUGGAGGAAGCCAAGGAGAAGUUCCAAGAGAUCCAGGGCGCCUAUUCUGUACUCUCCGACGCCAAUAAACGGCUCCUCUACGAUGUGGGAGUAUAUGACGAUGAGGAUGACGAGGAUAGCAUACAGGGGAUGGGGGACUUCAUUGGUGAGAUGGCCCAGAUGAUGAGCCAGGUGGGGCCGACGAGGCAGGAAAGCUUUGAGGAGCUGCAGCAGCUUUUUGUGGACAUGUUCCAGUGUGAUAUUGAUUCAGGAUUCUGCAAUGGGACUGCUAAGGGCCAUCAAGUUCAGGGGCAAGCCAAAAGUAGAACAUGCUCGACCUCACCUUCAUCAUCACCGUCCCCUCCUCCUACUACUAUAGUAAAGGAGGCAGAGGUGCCAUCAUGUAAUGGCUUCAAUAAGCGGGGUUCAUCCGCAAUGGACUCAGGGAAGCCUCCAAGGCCUGUUGAAGGUGGUGCAGGUCACAGCCAGGCUGGAUUUUGUUUUGGGUCAAACCUUAAUAGUUCAGCAUCAAAUCUUCCAGACUCAGCUGGAAGGCCAUUUACAGCAUCCUUUUCGGGUCAAUCUGGAUCAAUUCCAGGUUUCCAUCAUUCUGGCUUGCAUAACACUCAUGGAAGUUACAACCUUCCAAGUAUGCCUGGAUCACUUGCACAAAGGAAUGCUGCCAUGAGUGGCCUUCCGUCCUCUGGGGUUCAACAACCUGGAGGUAGCAUUCCUGGGAGAUUCCCUUCAAACAACCUUCCGGUUGCCAUGUCUCAGAUUCCUCAUGCACAUUCAGGUGUCAGUGGUAGAGGGAUGAAUUUUGGCGGAGGUCCGGCAUUUAGUAGCAGCAUGAAUAUUGGUGGUAACAUCCAAGGCUUAUCCGGUGGUAGUCGCAAUUCUGUUCCUGGGAUGUCAGUAUCUCCAUCUUUAGGAAACUUGGGUCCACGGAUCACAAGUUCUGUAGGAAAUAUUGUAAGUGGAAGCAAUAUUGGAAGAAAUAUAAGCACUGGUGGUUUGUCCAUCCCAAGUAUUGCAUCACGGAUGAAUCUGAGUGGCAAUGCUGGGAGUGGUAGUCUGAAUGUGCAAGGAUCUAGUCGAAUGAUGAAUGGCUUGCUUCAUCAACAAGCAUCUCCUCAGUUGAUAAAUAUGCUUGGAAGUUCAUAUCCAACAUCUGGAGGUUCAUUAUCGCAGAACCAAAUUCAAGCAGGAAAUAAUUCUCUUAGUUCUAUGGGGAUGUUGCAUGAUGCCAGUGACACUGCUCCAUUUGACAUAAAUGAUUUUCCCCAAUUGUCUGGCCGGCCUAGUUCUGCUGGUGGUUCGCAAGGACAAUAUGGGUCACUGCACAAGCAAGGAGUUGGUGUUAACACCAUUGUGCAACAAAACCAGGAAUUCAGCAUUCAAAAUGAAGACUUCCCGGCUUUGCCUGGAUAUAAAGGUAACCCUUCGGAUUAUAAUGCUAUGGAGUUGCAUCAUAAGGAACAACUCCACGAGAAUGUACCUGUAAUGCAAUCGCAGCAGUAUCCUAUGGCAAGGUCAGGCUUUAACUUAGGAAGUAGCUACCUACCUAAUCGUCAACAACACCAGCAAGGUGCUAAUUCAGUCCAGAAUGCCGGAUCACACAAUAUUUUACUGAGACCACCCAGUCAAACUUCUGGUUUGGGAUCAUAUGAUCAAUUUCUGCCGCAAUACCAGCAACCGCAGCCUCAAAAUCAUUUCAGGUUUCAGCAGAUGUCUUCAGCUGUACAUUCAUAUCGGGAUCAGAUUCAAAAGAUUCAGGCGGGACCAACACCACCUGAUCCAUAUGGCUUGUUAGGAUUGCUGGGAGUUAUAAGGAUGAAUGAUGCUGAUUUAGCAUCUCUUGCUUUAGGAAUAGAUUUGACAACAUUGGGUUUGAACUUGAACUCACCAGAUAAUCUAUACAAGACAUUUGGCUCACCCUGGUCGAAUGACCCAGCAGAAGGAGAUACUGAUUUUCGAAUUCCAGCUUGUUACUUCUCUGAGCAAACUCCACCGCUACAGCCCUUACUUUUUCAGAAGUUUCACAUACUAAUACUAUUUUACAUCUUCUAUAGCAUGCCAAGGGAUGAAGCUCAGCUGUAUGCUGCCAAUGAACUGUAUAAUCGGGGAUGGUUUUACCAUAAAGAAGUGCGCUUAUGGUUCACAAGAACUGCAAAUGUGGAACCUCUAGUCAAAACUCACUUCUAUGAACGUGGAUCUUACCUUUGCUUUGACCCAGAGAUCUGGGAUUCAGUCCGUAAGGACAACUUUGUUCUCCACUAUGAGCUGGUAGAGAAAAGGCCAGCCCUGCCUUCAAUAGCACAAAACGUUAGAUGA